AUGGCGACGCGGGGUGAGGGGGUGGACGGCGACGCAGUGUCGCGCGUGGAGACGGCGUACGAGGAGAUACAGAGACGGUUGGUGGAACGACGACGACGGUGCGCGAAGACGGCGACGGUGGGGUGGACGCGGGAACUGGAUGACGACGUCGAUCUCACGCGAGAUAUUCCCAAGUGGCGGGCGCCGCGGGAGGGGGUGAUGGGGCGAACGGCGUGCGGGAGGGCCAUCACGGCGGCGUGCGCGGAGACGGGCGCGCGCGUCUCCGCGCGCGUCGUGCGACAGUUGGAGAAGAGAGACGCGGACGCGCGAUAUGCGGAUUUGGGAACCAUCGGCGCGCGCGUUAUCGCGCGCGGUGUCGUGGAAAACGCGGUGACGGAGAGUUUGGACGUGAGUGGGAACAGGAUUGAUGACGACGGCGUCGCGGCGCUCUGCGAAGCCGCCGGACGUUCGGCUCGUUUACGCGCGCUAAACUUCAGCGAGAACCGACUCUCGAGCGCCGUGGAAUCGACGAGCGCGGUGCGAAGGGUGAAAGUGCUUAAUUUUACCUCGUGUGGCGUGGACGACGCGUGCGCUAUGGCACUAUUCGCGACGCUCAUCGGUGACGACUGUGCGCUCGAAAGUCUGAAUUUGUCAAAGAAUCGCGUCACCGACGCAUGCGGGAGAAUCCUCGGCGACACUCUGGCCAAGGGCGGCGCGUUGAGAUCACUAGACUUAUCAUGGAAUUCAAUCGGUGCGCGUGCGUGCGUGCACAUCGCGCGUGGGUUGAGAGGGAUCGGGAGAUUGGAGUAUCUAUCGUUGGCGUGGAACGGCAUCGGAGAUGAAGGAGGCAAGCUCAUUGGUGACACUCUUCGGACAAACCGCUCGCUCAUCGAGCUCGAUUUGUCGAGAUGUCGACUCGGUUGCGAUGCAUGCAUGGUUAUUAGCGAAGGAUUGCGAACGAACGACACGCUCACGACGUUGAAGCUCGAUCACAAUGCAUGCGGCGAGGACGGGGGACGACACUUGAUGAUGAUGUUGUUGCAGAACGAUUAUCUCACAACGCUCACGCUCGAAGGCUCGUCGUUCGUCGACGUGCUGAAGCGCAAGCGCGACUCAUCUUUAAAAAAAAGCGUCGCCACGUUCAAUCCGCACAAUCCGGACGGUCAUCACGCUCUAAAUCUGGACGACACCGGUGAUCGAGCAAUCGCGUCGCAACUCUGGCAUCAAGAUAGAGAAAAUCCAGGCAGCAUGAAAAGCGCUAAACUUUUAUCGACGGGCGGAGUUAAGAAAGGACUGGUGAGCUCAGAUGUUUUAGACAAUUUUAGACGCGAUGGAUUGGAUAGCAUCACGAGCGACGGCGGCGUGCUAGAGAUUCAAUUUGCGUCAAGCGCCGCGAGAGUCGCGAGACGUCCACAGGUCAUCGAAGUGGAGGACUUUGACAACAUCCUCCGACAGCUCAGGAACAAUCGGCUUUCGGACUUUGAACGUUUAUGUCGUCUGAAGAUGUUUUGUAGAAGUUAUUAUUUUCACGCGGAGCACGCGGCGAAGCUCUUGGAGACGUUUAUACUCGCGGGAGACGAUCGUCUCCAAGCCGCCUCGGCUUGUUAUGCUCGAUUACUGGACGCAGAAAAUGCCGAGCGAAUGUUCAAAUCGAAGACUGAGUUCGACAAACUAAAAGAAUCGAUCGGUUCGUACAUGCACUUUCGCGCCACGAACCCAACGGGACGGUACGUGCUAAAUCUGGCCACUGGCAUUGACAGAGUCAUAGCGUCGACGUUGAUGGAUAGCGCGACCUUCGAAGGCCGUCGUCGAACGUGGCGUAACGCGAGGCUAAACACAGCAAGAGUCACUGACUUGUUGUCGUCGGGUGUUCCCGAGUCACUCAUGCGUUCUAUGCCUCCGGUGGGUACGCUUGAGUUCGAUUACACGAGCAACAUUCGCGUGCUGGAGAAAGCGGAGGCGAUGAGUAACGACCAGCUUCACUCCUUCUUACGAGACAAGUGCGUCUUGACGGCCGAUGCGAAUGACUGGUCUAUCGAAGAGCCCAUCGUAGCUCUUCACGCUCUUCGAGAGGCUUCAGUUUACUUGAACAUCACCUCAAAGCAGUACGAGCGUGUCUGCGCCGUGUUUGCGCCCGGUGCGGACCGCGUUGAGGCGGGAGUCAUCCUUUUCACUCGCGUCAUCGACCACGCCAAUAUCCCCGCUUUUGUCGUGCAUCGAAUGUCAUGCUACGAGCAGUGUGUGUUCGGAGCUCGACUCGGCUGGCGAAACGUCCUCGGUGAUUCCUUACAGGCGUUCACCGUGCACUACCGGCUCGACUUGAAUUGCGACGAGCAGGCGGGCGUCGCUAAGCAAUUAGUUUCCAGCGCAGUUCGCGAGUUCAAGGAGGUACAAGUCAUACGCAACGUCACUAUAAACGGUCGAAGGCUCGCGAGGGAUCCAGUUGAAGACGACACGCUCUGGAGCGUUCUCACCGCGGAGAGCUUCACGCCGACGCUCGAGUUUGAUUACUUUGGUCGCGACGUCUGGGACGUCGUCCGAAAAGAACUCAACGUCCACGUCGUCCCCGAGGAAAAACCCGAGCGCGAAGCAACGCUCAAACGUCUCGCCACGCGUCUCGCAUUCAUCCGUGCCGCGACGCUCCACGGCUUUUGGAUCGAUCCCGACGCCGCCUCCGCGGACCGUUCCCAUCGCGCCGUCUGGAGAUCCGCCUGGGUCGCCUCGCUCCGCCAAAUCGUCGCCGCCGAGUCCCAACACGGCGGUCAAAACCCUCCUCUUCGCGUCAUAUUCGACCUCAUCGACGACGACGGCUCCGGUUCCCUCUCCAUCGACGAGCUCUCCCUCGGCGUCGGCGUCCUCGGGUGCCCGAUCCCUCGCCGUCUCCUCGCCCGGCACGCCCUCGCGAUCCGUCCCGACCACUUCGCCGACCCCCGUCGCCGCUCCGACGACGUCGUCGACUUCGACGCCUUCGAGCGCGUGUGCGCCGACGCCGUCGCCGCGCUCUGA